GACCGACGCAGUUCUCUGACGCACUUCCUGGGCGCCGGAACUGAGGCAGGGUGCGGUGGCCGCAAGCCGACAAGAUGGUGGUCACUCGGUCGGCGCGGCCUCAGGCCAGUAUCCAAGCUACGUCGGCUGAAAGCUCUGGGCAGAAGAAUUCUGCUAAAAGAAUUCAAGCACAUCUGAAAGGCAGGAAAGAAUCUCCAUCUGAUGGCUCCAGUACUGCUGAAUCACAAAGUACUAAGAAACAAAGUCCAGUCCCUAGAACUCCUAAAACUGGAAAGAGGAAGAGCAGAACUACAGGCUCAUUACCAAAAAUGAAUAAACUAUCUACUGAUGGAGAGACCUCUGAAGCAGAGUCCAGUAGUUCUGUGUCUGAGCCCCAAGAUCCCAUUUUAAGAGUAACUAGGAGAAGGAAAAUCUUAGUUGCAUGUACCCCAGUGUCCAGUGUCAGGAAAAAACUAAAAAUAACUCCAAUAAAUGAGUCUCAUACUGAAGAAGAACUCUCUGAAGCAGAAUCACAUGUUUCAGGUAUUUCUAGAAUUGUGCCUCUUACAGUAGUAACUACAAGAACCAGAAGAAUUAAGGCUAAAUCCCUAACAGAUCCAAGCCAAGAAUCACAUGCGGAAGCUGUUUCUGAUGCUGAGUCAUCAUGCUCAGAUAUUUCUACAUUUUCUGGAUUUGCAACUAGGAGAACAACAAGGAGUAUGCAGAGGAAAUUACAAGCACUAACAGAGGAGAAAGAUACUAAGAUUAUACCAGAAAAUGAAAAGCCGAUGAUAAAUACACCUCUGAAUUCAAAUACCAGACAAACUUCAUCUUGUAUACAAGCAAGAUUUCUUUCUCAGAUAAAUGAGCCAGAUUUCUCUAAUAACGAAAUCUGUAAUGAUUUUGAUGAUGAUUCUUUCCAUGGAAAUUCGGGAAAAAAACUAACAGUGCAAAAAGGCCAACAUUUUAAUAUCCAGGAGGAAAAACUGGCCAGUGUUGCACCUCUCAAAGAAAGAAAGCAGAAUUGUAAGAGUUUAACUGAAGAAGCUGAAGGAGUAAUAGAUGAGGGAAAAGAAAUUAAUGAGAAAAAUUCUGAGUUGACAGGUCUUUCUGAACUUCAGGACACUAACCUUCAGCAAUUAGUUUCUCAAAGGCAUUCAACACCCCAAAGUAACAAAACCACAUCAAAGCCCUCAAAUCUGAACUGUGAGGCUAUAAUGAAAUCAUUAGCUCAAACAUUUGCAGUUGUGGAAAUUGACAGAUGGACUGAAGAGAGAAAAAGCACCAUAAAAACAAGUGACUUGACAUCUAGCGAUGGUGGUGGUAGUGAUGAAGAGUGCACUGUUAUAGCUGUCAGUGACAACAUGAACAAAGAAAGGAAUGUAGAUUUUGAGUGUGAUGCCAAAUCUCAGGAUACAGGUGCUUCUGUUUUAUUACUUAGCAGCAGUGAUGAAAGCCAGCAGUCUGAAAACAGCGAGAUUGAAGAGGACACUGUGUGUUUUGUUGAAAAUAGUGGUCAAAAUGAGUCAUUAAAUGGAGACUCAGAAAACAGGUUAAGUGACAAUGCAUUGUUUGUAAUUGACACAACUCCUGGUUUGAGCACUGAUAAAAAUUUUUACUUGGAUGAGGAAGACAAAGCCAGUGAGGUUGCCAUUGAGGAAGAAGAGGAGGAAGAGGAUGAAAAAAGUGAAGAAGAGCCAUCAGAUCAUGACAAAAAUAAAGAUGAUGAGUUUAGUGAUGAAGAUGACUUACUUAAUGGCACAAAGUCUAAACUUCUAAAAUUGACAAGCAGCAGCAUAGACCCUGGUCUCAGUAUCAAGCAAUUGGGUGGUUUGUAUAUUAAUUUUAAUGCAGACAAACUACACUCGAACAAGAAAACCCUAACACAGAUCCAGGAGAAAAAGAAAAAUGAGUUUCUACAGAAAGCUAUCAUUACUCCUGAUUUUGAAAAAAAAGACUGUGUUCCACCAUACCGUGAAUCAAAGUAUCAACUUCAAAAAAAACGCAGAAAAGAGCGACAAAAAACAGCAGGUGAUGGCUGGUUUGGUAUGAAAGCUCCGGAAUUGACGGAUGAACUAAAAAAUGAUCUCAAAGCACUGAAGAUGAGGGCUAGCAUGGACCCAAAAAGGUUUUACAAGAAAAAUGAUAGGGAUGGCUUCCCUAAGUACUUCCAGAUUGGAACCAUUGUUGACAAUCCAGCUGACUUCUACCAUUCACGAAUUCCUAAGAAACAAAGGAAGAAAACUAUUGUGGAAGAACUGUUGGCUGAUUCUGAGUUCAGAAGAUACAACCGAAGGAAGUACUCAGAGAUCAUGGCUGAAAAAGCAGCAAAUGCAGCAGGAAAGAAGUUUCGAAAGAAGAAGAAAUUUCGCAAUUAAGAUUCACAAAGCAAAUCACAGUAUUUUACAUUUCCCCUUUAUUUAUUUACUAAAGAUGUUUUUGAAAACUAACCAUCACAUAAAAUAGACUGGCCCUAUUUGUAAAUAGGGAUCUCUUUUUGGAAAAAGUUGAUUUGAGAAUCAUGCGCCCCUUGGAAUAAAAAUAGUUGUGUUUAUAAAAGACACACCCAUGCUUGUGGCCGAUAUAAAAGUCAUAGUUGAAACUAAAAGAAUGGUACAAGUGUUCUUAGAGCAAAUAUAUGUUAGUAUGUGACCAGAGAGCUAAAUGAAGCUAUAAGGAGGACUUAAAAGAUAAUGAAGACUACCUAAAAAAAAUUCUGGGGUUAAAGUUGAUGAAAAUAGGCCUUCAAAAUACCUUAAGAUCUUGAAAGAUUUCUAAAAUAGCCCAUCUUGUUUCAAAAUGUUUUUAAAACAGUUUAUUUAAAAAAUGCCUAUAACACAGCUAGUUUUUUUGUUUUGUUUUUUUUUAAGUGAGGAAGUUGGGGAAAGGAAAAAGUGAGGAUGGAAGAAAUUAGUUGAAGCCAGACUGAAGUUAAUAAACAAUUCUGUGAAA